GAACCGGCAGAUCCGAUCCCAAAUGCUCUAAAAAGUUGAGUAAAAAUUUGGAUGUGUACAGUACACUGUAAAGCCACUGUAAACUGUAAAGCAGUAAUGAGUAAAUGUUUCCUCGAAACUUGAAAGUCAGUACAAAUAUAAUUUUGGCUAGUGUUAUUUCCUUCCGUUUACCGCGAUAUUAUUUCCGUGCUUUGCUGUGGAUUCCUUCCUUGUAUUCUUUAUCGCCAUGGGGGGUGGUGAUACAUGGAUUCGGAAAGAUGGACGUUCGUGGCUGCAGAAAGUUGCGUGUGAUGUUGUCAAGAUGGGACGAAUUCCUAAUCAUGUGGCUUUCAUCAUGGAUGGCAAUCGAAGAUUUGCUAAACGACUGCAUAUUGACCGUGCGCAGGGACAUCUGAUGGGAUUCGAUAAACUAACAGAGACUCUAGAGUGGUGCUCGGAUCUGGGAAUAACGGAAGUUACAGUUUAUGCCUUCAGUAUUGAGAAUUUUAAACGUUCCAAAGAAGAAGUGGAUUGUUUAAUGGAACUUGCCAGACAGAAGUUUGGCGUACUGUUAUCCGAAAGAGAAAAACUCCAUCAACAUGGUGUUUGUGUGAGAAUCAUUGGAAAUUUGCAUAUGCUGCCGUUGGAUAUUCAGGAAAUUGCCAACGAAAUAAUGGAGAUGACAUCUGAAAAUAAUCGGGCGUUUUUAAAUGUUUGCAUGGCGUACACAGCACGGGAAGAAAUAGCACACUCUGUAAAGGAAUUGGCCACGUUGGCAGUCAAUGGGGACAUUAGACUAGAUGAAAUCGAUGAAAAGGCGCUGUCCAGUCAUUUAUAUACGCGGAUGUCUUCCGAUCCCGAUUUGUUAAUAAGAACUUCCGGUGAAAUCCGCUUGAGUGACUUUCUUUUGUGGCAGGCGUCCCAUUCCAUUUUGAGUUUCGUCGAAGUUUUGUGGCCGGAUUUUAGCCUUUGGCAUCUUCUGGCUUGUAUACUAUAUUAUCAACACCAGAUUUCCUACCGCACUGCAGACGAGAUAUGACAUUCCUUUCAACAGAUUCCUUUCAGCAGUAUGUCUCACUGCUGUUUUACGAAUUAUUCGUUUCUUUCGGUGAAUUUGAAAUGUGUUAAUGUCGGGUUUUACACAGCAAAAAUUGUGGUCGCUGUCUCGUUGUCAGUCGUUGAUACUUCUUAAAAGGAGAAGACACUCACUUGAGACAACAACAGUUUUGCUUAUUACCUUAGGUGUGUUGUAUUUCAGACGUACCAGUUUGUGGAAAAUUUUAUUCUCUUCAAAAUAAAAAAAAUACAGUUCGAUAUUUUAUAAACCUCUGGCUCUGUUCGCCAAAACUUCAGCACUUGUGGCUGUACCUUAUUCUGUGACCG